AUGCAAGAUUGGGACCACCAAAAUGCAUCCCAGAUUGUAACUGAACUGUGUGGCUUUGUGACUAUCCUCUCUGGGACUUUUAUUCUACACAAAACCAGAGAUAUGGGUGACAGUCCAACGUCGGGAGUCCCUGUCUUUUCACCUCAAAACAUUAACAUAGCCUUGACUUCCAGACAGUCAGAGAUUUGA